AUGCCCGACUUCACGCCCGAUACACGCCUGAGGGUCUUUGGUCGAGACUUUCAUGUCCACUCCUCAUUUCUAAAGCUCCACUCAGCCUUCUUCCGGACGUUUCUCGAAUCACCGGAGAAGGGACUCCCUGUUACUUCAUGUGGCUUCCGAUACGAAUGGGUUACUGAGGUGGAUAAAGACGAUACUUGGUCUCUAAUUUGGGCUGGCUCUACUGAAAAGUCUGGGACUGUAUCUGACGUUGGCAAAUUCACUGGCGACCAGAACGCGGAGAUCUCGGCCUUCACCAUUCCGAUUGCUAUUGCACUUUACCCAGCCUAUCUAAGUCUCUUUAUUGUCGCUUUUGGAAGUCGCGAGUUCUGCGAUAGUAUUCGGGGCAAUGAGAUAAAAAUUCGGGUCGCAGCAAUUAAGCUGAGAAACGAGGUCCUCUAUCGGGCAUAUAUGACCUUGCUGAUGGGCCCAUGGACCAUGCCAAAAUAUUUGUGCAUCAAAGACAAGAAGCUCGAGCAGUUGGCAGCUUUGGUACAUCACAGCAUAUUUUGUAAGGUUCUGCGUACGCAGCAUAAUGUAUCCCAGGGAAUCGUUGAAUUUGGGGGCCCUCAUUUCGCAAGAAUAUACCAAAGGGAAGAGCUCGAGGCAAUGACCUCUUAA